CUGAGAGAAAAUCUUUGUUGAACAGAUAAACCCCGUCCUGUCCUCACUGUGUCUCCAUCAUGGCUGAGUCCUGGAGCCUCAGUAACUCUGAACUGUCAGGUUGAACAUCCGUCUGCAGGAUGGAGCUUCUACUGGUAUAAAGCUGUUCCUGAUCUAUCAGAGAAAUCCUCCAGUUAUGAGCUGCUACCUGAUGGCAGUGGGACUGCACAGGACUCCUACAUCAUUCAUGGACAGACACACACAGCAGGAUAUGUGUGCAGAGCUGGAAGAGGAGACCCAGAGUAUCACACUGAUCACAGUCAACCAAAGUUUGUCUGGUCUGCAGAUGUUCAUUCAGCAGCGUCUCUCACAGUGAGUCCUGACAGAGUGCAACACUUCACCUCUGACUCUGUCUCACUGACCUGUGAGGGAAAAUCCACUGAGUGGAGAGUGAGGAAGUUCUCUGAGGAUGGCUGACUCUCUAAAUGUUGGAGAAUGACUGGAUCCAAAUGUGACAUCACCACAUUAGUGUCAUAUGGAGUGUACUGGUGUGAGUCUGGAUCAGGAGAGUUCAGCAGUGCAGUCAACAUCACUGUACAGAAUGAUGGUAAUGUUCCUAUCCUGGUGAGUCCUGUUCAUCCUGUGACUGAGGGAGCUUCUGUUAGUCUGAGCUGCAGUUCAAGAAGACCAAAUAUACUUUCCAAUGUGUUUUUCUAUCACAAUGACAAACUUAUUCAAAAUGAUACCCGAGGGGAGCUGAACAUCUCUGCAGUGUCAAAGUCUGAUGAAGGUUUCUACAAGUGUCAGUACUCAGGAAGAGAGUCAGCACAGAGCUGGAUGUCAGUUAAAGUAACUGUGUCAGGAGCUGACAGCUCUUCAUCUCCUGUGUGGUUGAUGGUUGGACUGGUUUGUGGAGUCUCUCUCAUUAUUAUUCUCCUGCUCUUGUUGUAUCGCUGCAGACAGUCCAAGUAUUCCUGCUUCACCAGGUCGAUCCAGUCUGAGAGUCACAGUCCGGGCUCCUCCACAAAUCAUGGAGUCAACCAGAAUGAAACUCAUGUGUACGGCUCUCUUCAACAUGGUACUGCUGACAUCUAUGAAUCAGUCACACAAGUGACAAACAGAAAUGGUUCAGAUGAAUAUGAUGACGUCACCUCCUCUCUUAUUGAGUUUAAAGAUCUUAGAACUAAGAAUACAGAGUCUGUCUGCACCUUCUAAACAAAGCCUGAAAGGAAGCCACAGGUGGGACAGGCAUGAGGGGCAGCCAGUGACCCCUCACACACGUCCUUAUGCUGAUAUCCAGGCAGGUUCUCAGUGUUUGUAGCUGCUGAUUUAUGCAGCAAACAUUUCCACAGUCCUCUGCGGCAGAUUAUAGAAACACUUCUUUUCUCAGCUCACGACAGCAGAUCUACAGCUGGGACACUGUUAAGUGGUUCUACAUGAAAAAUAGUUAAAUAUUAACUCAAACAUGUUCUUGUAUGUAAAACAGGUUCAAAUGACAAAUGCACGAAAUUAUAUUUGUCCUUUAAAGUGGACAUGAGACACCACAUAAAGGCUAGUUUACAUCAUGGAGCCCUGCUCUCAAAAACCAACUCAGAUGUAACUGUCUGUGAGUGUUUAAACUUAAAGUUCAUAAAACAUUUGAAACAGACUAUCUUUCUGGUCACCUGUCAAACUGUUGCUGAUGUUUCCAGAGCAGCUUUUCUUCUGCUCAGAUUAAAAACUUUCAGUCAUUUUUGUUUUGUUGAUUUGCCGAAUUGUUGCUCAGUUGUUGAGAGUCAAUUGUUUUCUGUUCUGUUGCCAAACUGUCUGUCAGUUUCAUAUAAACAUUAAUUUGCUCUUGUUCAGUUGCCAAGUUGUUGCUCAUUUUCUUUGAGUCAAAGUCCAUCUCAGUUGACAGGUUGCUUUGUAAUUUUUAAAAAAAAUUGCUCCUCUGUUGAGUUUCCAAACUGUCUUUUAGAAUAAUUUAUUCUCAGUUUUCUGCUCAAACUUUGUCUCAGAUGUCUGAUUUUCUCCUCUUCUGUUCAGAGUCACUCAAUUUCUGCUCAGUUGUCUAAAGUCAAGACUGUCUCUCUGUCCUCUGUUGUCUUUAUUCUGUUUUCUUCUGUCCAGAUGUCAAACUCCUUUAAUUUCUGAGACCUUCAUCUCUGCUUACUGAUCAAACUCCGCCUCAGUUUUCUUACAUUGCUCCUUAGUUUAUUUUUUUUUUUUUUUAGUUUUUAACGUGCUGCUGUUUGCUGAGAAAAACUUUCUAUGCCUGUUUUGAUUUUUCCAGAAUAAAUCUUCCUCUGUUUAGUUUUUUUCUAUUCAUUUGUCCAGACUCACACUUAUUUUGCUCUAAGAAAUAAGAACACAAUGAUCGGGGCUGUGUGAGCUACCACCUUAUAAUUGCUUUUUGUCACCGACCUCUCAGCUAAACCUGUGUGGAGUCAUUCUAUAAUAACAACUAGGGCUGCCACGAUUAGUCGACUAUCAAAAUUGUCGAUGACUAAUUUAAUAGUCAACGCAAUUUAAGAGUGUAAUAACACACUGAAACAGAAGAUGACAGCAAUGCAUCUACAAGGAUGCUAGCUGCCAUUAAACACCAAAGAAGAAGAAGCAGUCUCCGGUAUCAUAGCUGUGUCCGGAGACCGCAUUUAUAUGUCGAUUACGUUACAGCGACACAACAAAGGCUGUCCAAAUUCGAAGACUCCUUCAAAUUUGGCCGAAAAAAGCGUCCUCC